GUUGAUGGCCUUUGGUUUCCUAGAGGGGAAGGAAGGACGGGCGAGCACUUCCGGGGAAUGGGGACAGAUUGAAGAUGGAGGAUCAGGAGAUGUACCUGAAAGUUAAGAAAGUUACAGAUAAAUUCACCGAAAGUAUGUACUUCUUGGCCAAUGAACCAUCAUUGGCUCUGUACCGAUUGCAGGAGCAUGUGCGAAGAUCCCUCCCAGAGCUGGUGCAGCACAAGACAGACAUGCAAGGAGUGGAAGAGCAGUGCCAAGGUGCGAUCUAUACUGUUGAAUAUGCCUGCAGUGCUGUGAAAAGCAUGUCCAACAGUGGGGCUUACUUCAAGAACAUUGAGGGUCUACUCCGACACGCUAUCAGUAUCAAGGACCAGAUGAGCUCUCUACAGAGCCGCAGAGCCAAGCGUGCGCCCCUUCCUUUCCAGUGUUGGAUGGUGUAUUCAGUGAACAAUGGUCGCAAAGCUCGUUCUGGGUCGUGCGAAGAAAAGGAAUCAGAUGGAAUAAGGUUCUGAAAGAGUUGGACAGUUAACGGCACUGGUGUAUCUACGCGUGGGUGUGUUUGUAUGCGUAUUUUCACAAGCAUAAGAUACCUUUUUACUUUGCCGAACGCAACUUCUCAUUCUUCCCGACGGCAGUUUACAACAGCACUGAUGUGGAGAAGCUAACUGAUAUGAUUUCCCAAUGGUCUGUCUCUCCGUUCCCUCAAAAACGCUUAUGCUCAGAGAAUGAAGAACUAAUUUAAGUUACUGUAUGAAGGAAAUCUGCUCCCUUUAUCGUCCUGGCUAGCUACUCCCUCUCCGUGGUACCAAGAAGGCACAGGUCUGUUUCCUGCAUUUGCUAAAAUAUCCUCACUUCCAAUCUCAGGAUACAGAGACCGUUGAGAACAGAAGCUGAUCGAGGAAAGGUGGUUGUCAUUUCUUGUAUGGGUUCGCCUUGACUGAAGCAUCCUGUGCAUGUUACAGUAAUAAAUAAAUGGAUGGAGAGAGAGCGAGACAGGUCAAACUGCUUUGGUUUUCUAUCUUCGUCACAGUUAUUUGUGACUCUUUCCAUGAAGACUGAACAAAACAAUUAUGGAAUCAUACAGCGUGGGACAAACCUUUUCGUCUAUAGGAGAAAGUGAGAUCUGCUGAUGCUGGAGUCAGAGAUAACACGGUGUGGAGCUGGAGGAGCACAGCAGGCCAGGCAGCAUCAGAGGAGCAGGAAAGUCAACGUUUCAGGGAAGAAAAACCUAUCAGCCUCACCUGAUCUGGCCUAAAUGUGACUCCAGACCCAAAGUGAUGUUGUUGAUUCUUAGCAAUUAGAGAUGAGCAAUAUACGUCCACAACCUGGAAGGAAUAACAGGCUUACCCAAAGCUCCUCAGCUGAAAGCAAACCUCUUGAAUUUAUAUGGUGCAUUCUGCUCUGGUCUUCCCUCAGGAACUGGAUGGUGCAGCCACCUGUUGUAUAUUUGGGGUGGUCCUCAGAAGGUGCUGGUGAACCAGGUUCUUCGAUCACGACAGCCAUUCCAAGAGCACAUUGAAAGUCAACCAUGCUGGUGUGUAGGUCAGAGGUCACUUGUAGGCCUGACCAGAAAAAUUGGCACAUUUCCUUCCCUCAAUUAUUUUGGUGAACUAGCUUUGUUUAACUAUUAUUUAAUUGUUUUGUGGUCAUUAAUGUAUAAACUGAUACAAUAUUUUCAAUAUAGCCAUGCAGUAAUUACAUCCUCCCCUGAUUAUUAAUGGGGACUAUAUUAUUAGUCCCGUAAGGCAGCCACUGCACCAGUGCACUGUUGGAGUCCAUUGUGGCUCAGUUAGCUCUCACCUCUGAGCCUAAAAGCCAUGUGUUCAACCCAAAUCCAGAGAAUUGAAUAACCUGAUGAGCUAUUGAGGGAUUGCUGUGUUAGUGGAAAUGUUGUUACUUGGGUAACACAUCACAUUGAUGCCAGCCUGAAUUUUCAGGUAGAUGACAAGGAUUCAAUCUCAUAUUUUGAGGAGGGGCAGAGGAGUUCUCCCUGGUGCCCUGGGCCCGUAUUUAACAUCCAUGAAAUCAGAUUAUCGUGCCAACCAUGGCAAAUAAUUUGGUAAGUGAAUAGAAUGUUAGCCUGUUGUUAGCCCUUAUUGAAAGGGAAUGGAGUGUAACAGUUGGGAAGCCUUGCACAGAUCUACAUGGGGCAUUGGCGAGAUCACACCAGAGAACUGUGUGCAGUGAAUUGAGGAUGUGGGAAUGGCAGAAGAAUAAAAUUGAAGGCCAAGAUGAGCAGUGAUAACAUUGAGUAGGUUCAACAGCCCAUGCAGUCUACUCCUGCUCCUGCUUCCUCUGUUCUUGCGCAGAUUUGGACACCUUCUGAGGAGGCAUUUACUUGCAUUGGAGGCAAGUCAGAGAAGAUACACUUGGUUGCUUUCCUGAGAUAAAGAGGUUGGACCUGUGCUCGUUGAGGUUCAUGUCCCGUUAUCAAAUUGCCUUCAAUGGAAUCUUAUUGUGUGCAAAUUGUCCACCACACUUCAUACACUACAGCAGUGACAACAUUUCAGAAAUACUUUGGAUUGUGCUUUAAAAAACUGAGGCUCUGGUUUCUUUGCUCCUAUUUCCCGUGUAUAAGCAAUCAACAAGUAUUGAGAGCAUCCUGCUCAUGAUCACUCUCUGAAACUCCAAUCUGUCUCUAGACACAUUGGCGUUUGGUCUCACUUCCUCACACAGAUGUUUUCUGAAGGCAGUUACAACCAGUUACAUUUUAAAUUCAUGACUUUUUUUUCACAUUUGAAUCUCAGAUGCACAGUAUAAACUAGAGACGAGUCCUGGCAAAAAGGAGUAUGACUUGAGAUUAUUAACACAGUGUCAAAAUGUUUCAAAAGCCUCUUUGUUUGGGAAGACAAAGUGUAGGGCUGAGAAUUGCUGUGCGGGAUCCCACUCAGAGGGAAUUAAUAACAAGACGUGUUAUAUCAGGAAACAGUCAUUGACUUACAGCUCAUUGGAACACAUGGAUGCCAUUUUGCCCACAUUGCCUAUGUUGUUCUUUGUUGAAAACAGUUAUGUUUAGUCCCAAGUCAUUUCUUCUUGUCCUUUUCGCUGUAAGUUCCUUCUGUUCAAAUUACUGUCUAAUUCCCUUUUUAAAAAUGCUUACAAAAUCAGCUUCCAACAUUCCAGGUGGAGUAUUGUGAUUUCGACAACUCUCUGAAUGAAAGAAAAAAUUCCCUCAUUCCUCCACUAGAUCAUUUGCCAUUAAUCUUAAACGUCUAGUUAGGAUGCCAAUUCUGACAGGUUAUUGGAAGUGAAGAUGAAUGAGGGAGUGGGUUAGUGAAAGGUGGGGCAUUGAUUUUUGUGGGAAACAGGAAAGGAAGAUUUAGAGAUGUAAACAUCAAAACUUUGUUGAUGAAAUCUGCUUGCAUACAUGAAUACAGCACUCUGGUCGUUAUUUUAAUGGUUGAGUUGUCACAGGAUGUGAACUCACACUCCCAUUAUAACAGUAUGGAAAAUUUGAUCUCAGUUUUAAAAACUGAAAGCUAAAGUUGUUAUGUGUAAACUGCCACCUCAUAAUCUCAACUGUCCUUAGCUGGCCUGACCUAAAUGUGACUAGUCCCAAAACAACCAGGUUGACUCUUAAUUGCUAUCUGAAAAGCUCUGGAAGGUGAUACCCAACUGUAUUGAGGCAAAGAUGAAUGGGCUAAUAAAAUUUUAUUGAGGCAUCUCAAUGUGGAGAAUGCAGAAUGAAGACAGUGCAAAGAUUGUGGAUGAUACGAAACCUUGAAAGCAUUGUAAUAUGAGGAGGACAAUGCAGAACCACAAAAGGAUGUAGGCAGGUUGACGGAAUGCAUAGAUAGUGUCAGAUUAUGAUCAAUGAAGUGUCGACCGUGCACUUUGGGUUGGAAGAACACGGACAGAGAAUGUAACAAAAGGGAUGCAAAUCUAACAGGGGUGUCAGAACAGAGGCAUCAGGGUGCGUAUGUGCGUAGAUCAUUGAAGGUGGUGAGACAGGUGGAGAGAGAAGUGGAUAAAACAUGCAGUAUCCUGGACUUUAUUUAUAAAGAUGUAGAGUACAAGAGCAAGAAAGUGAUGUAGAACUUGGAUAAGAUACUUGAUAGACCCCAGCUGGACCAUCAUAUACAGCUCUGGGUGCCACAUUUACUGGAAGGUUGUGAUCACAUUGGAGAGAGUGGAGAAGAGAAUAUUUCCAGGAAUGAGAAACUUCAAUUAUGCAGACAGAUUGGAGAGGCUGAGACUGUUCUCCUUUGAGAGAAGAAGGCGAGGAGGAGAUGUGGUAGAGGUUUGUGAAAUCACGAGGGAGCUCAAUAGAAUAGAUGUGGAGAAACUGUGACUGCUCUAAAAGGAAGAAAGAGCGAGCAUAGAUUUAAGGUGAUUUUCAAAACAAACAAAUGUGAACUGGGAAAACUGUUUUUCAUAUGGUUUCUUUGGGUGUGGAAUCUCCUGCCUGGAAAUGUGUUGGAAGCAGAUACAGCUGAAGCAGUCAUUAGGCUAUUGGAUGGUUAUUUAAAUAGAAAAAGCAUGCAAAGUUACAGGGAAAAGGCAUGAGAAUGGUACUAAGUCAUUAUACAUAUUUGAAGAUGUAGUAAGGACAUAAUCUAAAUGGCCUCUUCCUGCACCAUUAACAAUUCUAUAAAGUUGAUUUCUAUUGCACCUUCUGUAAUUUUACAUUUUUAGAACAUACCUUGACAGGUUUUAUGAAUAAUGUAUAAUUUUGAAGCAGAAUUGGAUGUAUGGCCUACAAAUGCUAGGCAGUAUUGCGUACCAGCAACGUUGAUAUUCUGAGAGUGAAUUUAGAGAAGUGUAUCUAUGUUAGAGAGGUAAGAAGGGCCUACGUAACAAGCUUGUACUUAUUUAAAGGAGUUUCAAAGAGCUUUCUGUAUUGUGAGAACAGCAUUUGAGUCUAGAAUGAGAGUAUUGGCUUUAGCCAAGUUCAAGCAUUGAGGAGAAAAGAAGGCUUGAGAACGAAAUCUUGAGAAUUUCUGUGAACCAGUGUGCACAUGUAUGUAAAUGUAAGGAGCCCAGUUCGUGAUAAAUGUGUUUGCAUGUGUUUUCUAAAAUUAGGAGGUUACUGCAAAGGCUCAAGAUAGAUUAGCUGGCCAUGUAAGCGUGAGUUAAUGCUUUGCUUAGAAUUCAUCGUGGGUCACUCUCUCGCUUGCAUUCUGCAGAAAUAUCCGAGUCAGGGUUUGCAUGGGUGGAACCACCUGUCUCAGGCGAUAAACCUUUUCCUCAAAAGAGAUGGACUAGGGUUCACCGCAUUGAGACAGGAAUACUAUUUCUGUUAGUUAUCACUGCACCGCAAUAGCUGCAAAAGCAGUAUUGAAAGGAGAAGUUAAAAAACAAGAGAUUGGGGUUGGAUAGCUGUGAUGAUCAGAACUUGGACCUUGGAGGUUAACUCUGUCAGAGCUAAGUGCCAUUGCACAGCCAAUCCACAACUGCACAGAAUGUCAAAGCAGAUUGUGCAAAAAAAGAACUACAUUGGUAUAGCACCUUCCAUUGACAUUCCCAGCAUCCCAUGACGUGUGCUUACUCUUAUAAUGUAGGCAAUGCUGCACUCAAUGUACACUCAAUAAUGUCCUGUAUAAGGGGAGGUGAUCUGAAAGGAGACAUAGUUUAAAUUCUCCUUUAACAGAUCACAGGUCUGCAACUGAAGCCCUCUUGCUAUACUGUGCUGGGGAACAUCAGUCUGGAUUUUGUGUUCAUUUCUCUGAAGCAAGUCUUGAACCUAUGGCCUUCCAAGAUAGGAAUUAAAGCACUGCCAGUUGGUCAAGGGGUAGUCCAAAUUAGGCCUUUAAAAGCAAAACUGUCCCUAAUUUGUCACUGAAGUAGCAACUGCAUUCGGAGAUGGUACAGCACCUAACGGUAAAGGGAUAAUUGUCACCUGGGUUGAGUAUCAGUCAUUUAGUUGGUGCAGAUAUUUUCAGUGCAAUGUUCUCCCCAGCUUCCCACCAAUACUUUGUUUUAAGUCAUCCAUGGGAUAUUUGCACCUCUAUUGCCCAUCCCUAGUUGCCCUUGAGAAGGCGGUGGUCAGCUGCCUUCUUGAACUGCUGCAGUCCAUGUGCCAUAGGUAAAUCCACAAUGUUAUUAGGGAGGGAAUUCCAGGAUUUUGACCCAGCAACACUGAAGGAAUGCCAAUAUAUUCCCAAGUCAGGAUAGUGAGUGGUUUGGUGGUGAACUUGCAGGGGGUGGUGUUCCCAGAACCUGCUGCCCUUGUCGUUCUAAUGAACCUUGUCUUAAUUUUACUUAUAUUUAUGUAUGACUUCUGUCAUUGUUAUAAGCACCAUGUGUGGUGAAUUACACAACUUUUCACUGUAUUUUUCACAUAAAAGUCCACGUGACAAUAAAUUUCUAUUUUCUAUUCUA